CCUCCGCGGGCCCGGCGUCCUCCGCGGGGAAGAUGGCCGCGACACGGAAGGCCCCGGCCGUAACGCGGCGCUAGGCCGUAGGCCCCGCGGCCUGUCCCGAGGGCCGUGCGGGUCCGAGAAGUGAGCUCACAGCCCAGUCCCACAAAUGCGUGUUGGCUUUUCUUGCCGUGGCCAUGGGGACGUCCCAAUAAUGCCUUUGCCCUGAUAGGCAAUCCCAGCAUUUUGCAGCCCCGACCUGGAACCUCCCGGGGGGCUGCAGCGCUCCGACGGAGGCACAAGGCCAGUCAAGCAAGUCCCUCCGUCCCGACAAGCGCGACACUGAGCACUCCAUGCCUGCGGGCGGAGAGAGGCGUGGCCUCCCCCAGGGCAGCCACCUCUGUUGGUUGCUCUGCGUUUUCACCUUAAAGCUCUGCCAAGCCGAGGCUCCUGUGCGGGCGGAGCAGCUGUCAGUGAGCACCUCAAAUUUGCCGUGCUGGCUGGUGGAAGAAUUUGUGGUGGCAGAAGAAUGUGCUCAAUGUUCUAAUUUCCAGGCUAAAACCACCCCUGAAUGUGGUUCCACAGGGUAUGUGGAGAAAAUCACAUGCAGCUCAUCUAAGAGGAAUGAAUUCAAAAGCUGCCGCUCAGCUCUGAUGGAACAACACUUAUUCUGGAAAUUUGAAGGGGCCAUUGUGGGUGUGGCCUUGGUCUUCGCUUGCCUUGUCAUCGUUCGUCAGCGACAGCUGGACAGAAAAGCUCUGGAAAAGGUCCGGAAGCAAAUCGAGUCCAUAUAGCUACCUUCCACUCUUUGAUAGGGGUCUUAGGGAUUGUACCUCGAACACAGACAGUAGAAUGAAUGGACUUGUGCCCUUCAUUCUUGGGAACUUGUGGUGGCACCUCUUUCUCCGGCUCUUGUCUAGAUCAUUAACGAGCAAAGUAUAGAAUAGUUUUCUUCUCUAUUAUAAUUUGGUUU